AUGUAAAAUAAUCUUAUUUUUUACAAAAGACAUUACAAUUUGUUCAAAAGUUGUCGACACUGGGACUUCCCAAGCGGUCCCCCACCUUAGUACUAACCCAGCCUUAAGGCGCUUAACUUCGGAGUUCGAAUGGGAUCCGGUGUUUUCACCUUAGUAUGGCCGACAACAAAACUAAUCAAUAUAUAAUUCUAUUUAUAAAUUAAUUUAUAAAAUAAAGCUAAAAAAAUUAAAUAACAUUAUUUUUUUGAAAAUAUAAUAUAAAUUUAACAAUAUUUUACAAUAAAUAAAAAAGGUUGUCGACACUGGGACUUCCCAAGCGGUCCCCCACCUUAGUACUAACCCAGCCUUAAGGCGCUUAACUUCGGAGUUCGAAUGGGAUCCGGUGUUUUCACCUUAGUAUGGCCGACAACAAAAUUAUUUAUCAUGUAUGUUGUCGACACUGGGACUUCCCAAGCGGUCCCCCACCUUAGUACUAACCCAGCCUUAAGGCGCUUAACUUCGGAGUUCGAAUGGGAUCCGGUGUUUUCACCUUAGUAUGGCCGACAACAAAACUAAUUAACACAGAUAAUUAUUUAAAUUAUAAUUAUUUAUAAAAUUAUAGAAUUUAAAAAAUAAUUUCAUAUACUCUCAUUAUAAUCAAAUAACAUAAAUUAAUUGUUUUGA